CAUACACAUACACACACACACGCAGACACACGGGAACCGGUCAGAGGUUUUUUAAUCAUGGAGAGGAAAGUAGCUCGAGAAUUUCGCCAUAAGGUUGAGUUGCUGAUUGAUAAUGAAGCAGAAAAGGAUUACCUGUAUGAUGUCCUGCGCAUGUAUCAUAAGUCCAUGGAUCUGCCUGUCCUGGCAGGGGAUUUGAAGCUAGUGAUUAAUGAACCUAACCGCCUGCCCCUCUUUGAUGCUAUCCGGCCUCUUAUACCUCUCAAACACCAGGUGGAGUAUGACAACCUUACACCAAAGAGAUCCAGGAAGCUAAAGGAAGUGCGUUUGGACCGCACUCACCCUGAAGGCUUGGGCCUGAGUGUACGCGGGGGGAUAGAGUUUGGAUGUGGACUUUUCAUCUCACAGAUUGUGAAGGAUGGACAGGCUGGAAAUGUGGGUCUGCAGGUGGGAGAUGAGAUUGUGCGCAUCAAUGGCUAUUCAAUUUCCUCCUGCAUCCAUGAAGAGGUUAUCAGCCUUAUCAAGACUAAAAAAACCGUAUCACUUAAAGUCAGACAUGUGGGAAUGAUUCCAGUAAAGAGUUCCCCUGACGAACCACUAAAAUGGCAGUUUGUGGAUCAGUUUGUUUCUGAAUCAGGAGAGAAAAAGAGCAGUGUUGCUGGUCUGGCCUCCAUUGGAGGGAAAGAGAUCAAGGAGAAAAAAGUCUUCCUUAGCCUGGUUGGCACCAAAGGCAUGGGCAUCAGUAUCUCAAGUGGACCAACUCAAAAGCCUGGGAUCUACAUCAGCAAUGUAAAGCCUGGCUCUUUGUCUGCAGAAGUGGGCCUGCAGGUCGGUGACCAGAUUGUUGAGGUCAAUGGGGUGGAGUUUACUAACGUGGACCACAAAGAGGCUGUUCGAGUGCUGAAGAGCAGCAGGAGUCUAACUAUCACAGUCCUCACCGGAGCUGGCAGGGAGUUGUUCAUGACAGAUGAGGAAAAACUGGCAGUAGAAGCUCGGCGAGAGAUCGAGCGCCAGGAGCUCAUGCAACAGAAAAGAGUGGCAAUGGAGACCAACAAAAUCAUCAAAGAGCAGCAAGAGAAAGAGCGCAUGAGAAAGAUGGAGAUUUCCCAGAAGGCUGCAGAAGAAGAGGAGAGAUACAGAAAGGAGAUGGAAAAGAUAGAGGCUGAAGAGAGAAAGCAAAACAGAGAGUGGGAGGAAGACUGGGGUUCCAAAGAGAAGUCCAAAGGUCCAUCUCCUGUUCAUUCUCCUUCACCUCUAUCACAUUCUCCACCUCCAUCGAAACCCAGGACUCGCAACUGGUUUUACCGCUAUGAAGGAAAGUUGCCUACACUCAGAAAGAAAGGAAAAGAGACAAAGAAGAAGAAGAAGAAGAUGUCCAAGACAGACACACUUCCAGCUGAAAAAAAGAACAAGAAAGAGAUGGAGUUUGAGCUGAAAUUGGCCAGGGAAAAGGAAGAGAUACUUGAGCGGGAGAAACAGAUGAAAAUUAAUCGACUUUUGCAAGAGGUAACAGAGACCGAGCGGGAGGAUCUGGAGGAGUCCGAGAAAGUGCAGUACUGGGUGGAGAGGCUCUGCCAGACUAGACUGGAGCAGAUUUCCUCUGUGGAGAAUGAGUCUCCUGAGAUGAGUCCAUCACGAACUCCUGUAUCUACAGUGAAAAGGUUUCCUGGAGGGUUUCAGCUCUCCACUACUGACCUAGAUGACAUCAACUUGGAUGAGGUUGACCAGAGUUUACGACAGCCUUUGAAAAAACUGGCCCCAACUCCACCUACUUCAAAUCAGUUUCCAGCACCUUUACCUUUACCUCUUCCUCCACCUUCACCCCACUUCUAUCCCAAACCAGUCCAGCCUUCUCCAUCCCCAAGGCCUUCUCUUAUUUCCCCCUAUCCUCCCCCACCUUCACAACCAGCCCCACAGCUCCUACCUUCUCCUUCUUCUCCUAGAAUGCCUCCCUCUUCGAUCAGUCAUGGGCGGCCACCCUAUGUCACCCCUCGAGCUCAGACUCAGUCCUCCUGGACUCAAUCUUUCUCUCACCCUCCUCCUCCUCCACCUCCACCACCUCCCCCGCCACCACCACCUCCUCCUCCUCCACCUCCUCCACCUCAACAUUUAGAUUACCCUUUCCCUCAAAGCUACCACCGACCCCACAGCCCCUCAGAGCAUAGGAACGAAUGGGAGGAAAAUGGCUACAGGCAGCGAGGGAGCUACCAUCCAAACACAACAAAUGAACCUUUCUAUCGUGGCAGCACACAGGUUAUGAGACACACUUCUAACGUUAGCAGAAUAUCAACCUCAAGCAGUCCACUGCAAAUAGCACCCAGUCCUCCUAAUCAGAGAAGACAGGUGAACCCAGUCAUGUCAAAACCAGUCAUGCUGCCCCAAUCCAAGACCUCAUACAAACACGUAUUACGACCCGAGCCCACGUCCCCACAGAUGCUUAAGAGGAUGGUGGUGUACAACACAUCAUUUAAGUCAAAGAAGAAACAAGGCUUCCAGAAAUAUGUGGACGACUUUGAUCCCUAUUCGAUGUUUACCCCGGAGCAGAUUGAAGGAAAAGAUGUACGGCUGCUCAGAAUUAAGAAGGAGGGCCCACUGGACCUCUCUGUGGAAGGGGGGAUAGACUCUCCACUGGGAAAACUCGUGGUUUCAAAUAUUUAUGAAGGAGGUUCAGCUGAUAAGCAUGGUGGAGUGGUAGCCGGUGAUGAGAUUAUGGCAGUAAAUGGAAAAAUCCUGACAGAUGUGACCCUGACUGAAGGACAGAACUCUCUAGCUCGUGCCUGGAACAGUGGAGGGGACUGGAUUGACCUUGUCAUAGCAGUUUCUCCACCGAAGGAAUAUGAAGAUGAAGUGACUUUCUUCUAAGAUCUAACUUCUAGAAGACAAAUAUGGAACAGAAGACUCUUGCAAAAUCUAUUCUUUAUUACUUUUUACCCAAAGUGAUUUUAUAAAACACACUAUGUAUUCAUAACCUAAUGCCAUCUUAAAUGCUUGGAAAGCUGAAAAAUAUUAUAGUUAUCCUAUGAAAAUGUAAAUCCUAGAAAUUACAUUUAAAAAAUGUAUUUCUGUAAUAAGUCACACAAACUCAAGAGCAUUCCUAUGGCCAAUAAAAGGUAUAUUUCCUCUGA